AUGGCCAGUCCAACGGAGCGGACGUUCGUCCAGAGAUCCACAUUACUACCAAUCUUUCCCCUGGAACUCUGGGAUAUCAUCAUUGAAUACCUACAUGAUGAAGAAUCUGCUCAACACCUGAGCAGACUUGCUCAAACAUGUUCGGUGCUUUAUUCCAGAAUUGACCUUCAGCUCUACAGCAGACCCCUUCGCCUUUUCAAUUCAGAAAGCGGUGCUCGUCUUGCUCUCACGAUAGAGAAGCGCCCAGAGUUAGCACCACUCAUUCGUGAGAUUCGACACAAGCAGGAUACUGGAUCAGAGUUCUGGUCUUACCGUCAUCUCAAAUUUUACAAGACGGCUGUGACUUUACCGAAUCUGGAGAACUUGAGUUUAAGAAGAAAUCCCAGGCCGUUUGAUUCUACUCGGUGGGCCAGUGUACAUGCCAGAGAUGAAGCCACGAUUCAAUGGGUGAAAGAUAUUGGCUCUGGAUCAGGGAGUGUCAAACAGUACCGAGAGUUGGGAUAUGGGCCUUCAGGAGAAUCGUCGUUCAGUCCUCCAGACAACGAGCUUAGUUAUAUGCGUGAUAGCGCGGUCGAAACUUUGUUCUGGCACGCUUCUCUUCAACACCCGCCGGGGCUGCCCGCUCUGCGUGUUUGUCACAUCGGAAGCGACUAUGAUCACAACGAGAACAAUCCUAAGAUGGAUGGCGGAUGCUUGCCAGUUUUCAAUGAAGCACUCUUCUGUCACCCAGGCUUAAGAAAACUCUGUAUCACUGGUGCUACUUUCCGAAUGUCCCGGUCUGGGACUCCGCCAACAAUAUCUAAAUCGCCUCUGGAGGAACUAACCCUUUUGAACUGCAACAUAAAUCCGUUGGAUGUCCAAAUAGUCCUCGAGCGCCCAACAGCUUUGAAGCGAUUCACCUUCAGAGGUCCUAGGCCACAGGAGAUGUUAAACCCCGAUGAAGAAGCCCUAUGUUACAUUCAAUCGGCGCUCACACACGACCAUUCCUUGGAAUAUGUGGAUUACGAUCUUUACUGGGGUAAUGAGUACGAGACAGACUUUGGUGAACUAUUGCACCUCAAGCACCUCACAACAACACUCACCACACUUGUAGGGAGGGAAUGCAUGGAACUGGAUCCUGAAGAUGGUCUUCUGCCGCUGAGUCUCGAAAGUCUUACGAUACGAUAUGAUGAAGUGAAGGCCUGGCUUCCCUCAGCUAUCUACGAGAUGGUGAAAGACGGGAAACUCCCAAAGCUGUGUCGCUUUACCUGCGAGGUACCAGAAAUAAUGGAGCACCUUCCAUCAAUCAACCCGAACAAGUUCCACCCACCCACCACCGAGAUAUGUCAGGAGGGCAACACUUGGAAAACCAAGUUUGCGAACCUGAAUGUGGAGAUGUCCAUGGUAUCCGUUCCUUAUCCUCUUGAUCUACCUGAAUAUGACGUAUGUUCUUGCGAAUGUCUGUCGUUUUACCACCGCAUGUUCUACCAUCCAAAAAAACCAUUGACACUUCCUUGGGAGGAGAACGAUUUCGGAGAAGAGGACGUGUUCUUUGAUGACUGGGCCGAUGUUGACGAUGAAAUGGACUUUGAUGCUCUCAUGGAUGAUCUUGCCGAGGAUUUGAGUGCAUAG